AUGGCAGCCCCAAAGGAAAAUAACCUCUUCCCUCCCAAUCCUUACUAUAUCCCCGGCUACGAGGGCUUCGUCCCUCAGUACAAAUAUCAGUUUGGAGAAACCUUUGGCAAAACCACGUACCGCCUGCUGACAGAUCCUGGUGUUGGGAAGAGCCCUCGCUCCUUGCUGGCACCACUGUACAAGCAGAAGUUUGUCGAGGACUUCAGCGGGACGAAGCAUGGCGUCCAGGGUUAUCUCCCUGGGCGUCUAGGGUACUUUCCCUAUGAGAAAGCUGGGGCCACAACAAGCUUUCCUGAACCAGCCCUUGGGCCAAAACCUCCCUCACUGGGGCCAGGGCUGGCGGAGGAAGAGCUGAUGAUGAUACACAUGGACCCCGUGCCCCAGCAUCACCCCGGCGAGUAUGUCCCAAGGACACGACUGCCACGUAUGACACUGCCAGGAGUAGCUGAAACUGUGGAUGUGGAGCAAGAUAAUCGGUUACCAAAACUGGAUGUACCAAAUGCGAUCCAACAGAAAGUCAUUCCAGGGUAUGCUGGAUUCAUUCCCCGCCUCACCUGGAUUAAUGGUGUGAACUACAUCCAGGGUGUGAAGGAAGCAAUGAACGAAUUUGACCAACAUCAGUUUUUGCAGAGAAACCCAGCUUGCAGCUUUGGCAAGAGAUUUCCCCAAACAUACUGGCCUAACAACAGAAUUUAUACCAGCGCUGGACUGAUACCUUCCUACAUGGGCUUUGUACCAGGCCUCCGACACACCUACUCGCUUACUUUUGGAAACAGCACCCGAAAAGCUUACGAAAAAGAACAAAGGAGACAAGCUUGUGCACUGUGAAAAAUGCUUUAAUGGUGCCU